AUGUCCUCCGAAACAUUCAAGGGCUGGGUAGCCCACGACGCCACCAGUCCCUUAGCAUACACAACAUUCACCCCCAAACCCUUCACACCAACCGACAUUGAAGUCCACAUCAGCCACUGCGGCAUCUGUGGCACAGAUCUACAUACUCUCCGCUCCGGCUGGUCGCCCACCGACUAUCCAUGUGUCGUGGGCCACGAAAUCAUUGGGACCGUUGUGCGCAUUGGCUCUGGAGUCGCGACACUCGCAUCAUCGCCUGCAUCGAGGCAGAUACGCGUUGGCGACCGCGUGGGUAUUGGGGCGCAGAUGGGCACAUAUAACGCGCGAUACGCCGAUAAGAGUAAAUCAUACGGUGGAUAUGCGAAUUUCUGGAGGGGUCCGGCCCAUUUUGCUUUUAAGAUUCCCGACUCUUUGCCGUCUGCUGAAGCGGCGCCGUUACUGUGUGGUGGGGUGACUGUCUUUCGUCCUUUGAAGAGGUAUCAUGCCGGCCCGGGAAAGACCGUUGGUAUCAUCGGAGUUGGCGGGCUAGGACAUCUCGGUAUUCUGUUCGCCAAAGCACUGGGCUGUGAGCGUGUUGUAGCCAUCUCGCGAACAUCGAGUAAACGAAAGGAUGCAGUUGAAGGCCUAGGCGCGGACCUUUUCAUUGCUACCGAAGAAGAUAAGAAAUGGGCAAGAACAUACUCGCGCUCACUCGACCUUAUUAUCUGCACCGUGGACUCCCCAAAACUACCGCUAAGCCAAUACUUGCGCCUGCUCAGGGUGGGAGGCACAUUUGUUCAAGUUGGAGCCCCAGAGGGUCCUCUUCCAGGCCUGCCGGCGUGGUCAUUGAUUCAGAAGGAGGUCCAAAUCACCGGAUCGAAUAUUGGGUCGCCGGAUGAUAUAAGAGAGAUGUUGCAGUUGGCGGCCGAGAAGCGAGUGUAUCCGUGGAUCCAGAAGAGGCCGAUGAGUGAUGUGAAUGCUGCUUUGGCCGAUAUGGAUGCCGGAAAGGCACGAUAUCGGUAUGUGCUGGAAAAUGACGUAAGGAUUAAUGAGGCGAAGCUAUAG